UCGCCCUCUGCGUCAUGGUUCGGGCCGCGCAUAAAAGGCACCCAGGCCCAGGGCGCGCUCGGCGCUGAGAACGUGUGUUCGCGCGUCUGCCAGCCGGUGCGCGCCGCCCUUGCCCACGCAGCUUGCAGUCAUGACCUCUGGCAAGGCGCACAUCGGAAAGCCCGCCCCGCCCUUCCAGGCCACCGCCGUGGUGGAUGGCGCCUUCAAGGAGGUGAAGCUUUGCGACUACAAAGGGAAAUACUUGGUCCUCUUUUUCUACCCGCUGGACUUCACCUUCGUCUGCCCCACGGAGAUCAUCGCCUUCAGCGAGCAUGCCGAGGACUUCCGCAAGCUGGGCUGUGAGGUCCUGGGGGUCUCCGUGGACUCUCAGUUCACCCACCUGGCUUGGAUCAACACUCCCAGGAAGGAAGGGGGGUUGGGCCCCCUGAACAUCCCCCUGGUGGCUGAUGUAACCAGAAGUUUAUCUGAAGAUUAUGGUGUGCUGAAGGAAGAUGAAGGCAUUGCCUACAGGGGCCUCUUUAUCAUCGAUGGCAAGGGUGUCCUUCGCCAGAUCACUGUCAAUGAUUUGCCUGUGGGGCGCUCUGUGGAUGAAGUUCUGCGGCUGGUUCAGGCCUUCCAGUACACGGAUGAGCACGGGGAAGUCUGCCCCGCUGGCUGGAAGCCAGGCAGUGACACAAUCAAACCUAACGUGGACGACAGCAAGGAAUACUUCUCCAAACACAACUAGACUGCAGACAGGCGGAAAGCUUGGGCUGUUGGCCCCCACCUACACCCCUACGUGGAUACCCCAUGCUGACCCAGGAAAGGCCAGACCUGCCCCUUUAAACUCCAUGACCCUGGAGGGUUUGUCCAAGGCCUUCUCAUUCUCCCAGGUGGGAGCUGGUGAAUGGUGAUCCCCUCCCUGGAGCCCAUCUAGCUGGGCCCGGGCCAAAAGGUGACCAAUAAAGUACUAGGACAGACAGGA